GCAUACAAUAACACUAGAUUUUCUUGGCCUUGUUUUUCUGCAAUACCAUAAUACUCCUGGAGUGAAUCGUAAAUGUGAGGCUUAAUCAGAGUUUCACUUGCCUAGAGCGCUGACAGAUUCAUUAAAGGAGUUCAGGCAGGUUUUCUUGGCCCUGCUAAAAACUGUGUGUUGCCCUUUUAAGAGCUGCAUCUUCCCCUUGGCUGCGUGACGUCAGGACGGUGCAGGACUCGAGCCCAUCCUCCUGAGCAGGCUGAGCUCGGCCGUGGCCGAGUGGCGCUGACGGGCGAGAGGAGCUGCACUUCACCCCAGCCAACCGCCGAGGAAACAGUCCGCGCUGAAAUGAAGCACAGUCCGGCACUCGCUGUGGAUUAAACAACGGAAACUUUUUUUUUGCCAUGGCCAUAAACGUGACAGAGUAGAGUAGGCAACACAACAUCAACAUCAACAGCAACAGCAGCAGCAGCAGCAAGGACCCCUCGACUCGCACCUAGAUGCACGCACACACACGGCUAGUUAUGAACAAGAGCCGACUGCAGUUUCCAACAGCAAGCGUUUUAAGCGAAGCAGCCUCGAGAAACGCCUAAGUUUUUCCUUCCCGAGUGUUCCUGAUUUUCAGUCACGAGCGCGCUCGAAGAAGCAGUUUCUGAUCCUGCAAUAGUUAUGGCGGGGAAAGUGACAUCGCAAGGCACGGGAAUAUUGCUGGCCACAGCCAACGUUGGAUCACUCUUCGAGGAUCCUGCAAACCUGCAGAAGGCAUGGCUACGGGAGUUCUAUCAGACAGUGCACACACACAAACCACACUUUGUGGCGUUACACUGUCAAGAAGUGGGUGGAAAGAAUUACGAAGAAUCAAUGACUCACGUGGACAGCUUUGUCAAAGAGUUACUAUCCAGCGAUGCCAUGAAGGAGUACAACAGAGCCCGUGUCUACCUCGAUGAGAACUACAAGUCCCAGGAGCAUUUUACAGCACUAGGAAGUUGCUACUUUGUACAUGAAUCCUUGAAAAACCUCCACCAGUUUGAUUUCAAAGCCAAGAAAUUCAAGAAGGUGGUUGGCAAGGAGAUUUAUUCGGACACUUUAGAGAGUACAUCCAUGCUCGAGAAAGAGAAGUUUCCCCAAGACUACUUCCCUGAGUGCAAAUGGUCCAGAAAAGGCUUCAUCAGGACCCGCUGGGCUCUGGCAGACUGUGCUUUUGACCUGGUGAAUAUUCACUUGUUCCAUGAUGCCUCCAACCUGGUGGCCUGGGAAAACAGCCCUUCUGUCUACUCAGGCACACGACAGAAAGCUCUUGGCUAUGUGCUGGACAGGAUCACAGACCAGCGUUACGACAAGGUGCCAUAUUUUCUCUUUGGUGAUUUUAACUUCAGGCUGGACUCAAAACAGGUUAUAGAGAGUCUAUGCUCCACAGCUACCAUGCAGACAGUUCGAGCUGCAGACACCAAUGAAGUGGACAAAGUCAUAUUCAGAGAGUCAGACAAUGACCGCAAGGUGGUGCUACAACUCGAAAAGAAGCUUUUUAACUAUAUUAACCAGGAUGUUUUCCGGGAAAACAAUGGAACGCUGCUACUAGAGUUUGACAAAGAGCUGUCUGUCUUUAAGGAUCGUUUGUACGAGCUGGAGAUUUCCUUUCCUCCCAGCUAUCCAUACAGUGAGGACUGCAGUCAGGGCAAGCAGUACAUGAAUACGCGAUGCCCUGCCUGGUGUGACCGCAUCCUCAUGUCCACAUCUGCGAGAGACCUGGUCUUAAAGCCAGAGACUGAUGAGAAAUCGAUAACCUAUGACAAUAUUGGACCUAAUGUCUGUAUGGGGGACCACAAGCCUGUUUUCCUGUCCUUUCGAUUAACAACGGGGGCAGGUAAACCUAAUGCACAUAAGCACAAGUGUUGUGUCGUGCAGUGAUGUGACCAGGGAAAUGGUGCCAAAGGGUGGAGAGGAUUUCAUGACAAGCGCCCCUGUGAGAAACUCUGAGACAGUUGGACAGACACACACACACUCACACUCACUCACAGAAGACCCAGUUAAGACUUUUCAGCAGGACUGACCAGUCGUAGUGAAACAAGUGCAUGCCGUCACGCCAAUAGAAAUGGCAGAUUGUAUCCAUGCGUUCUUCACAAUCAAGGACCCACAAUCAAGAACACUCACAGUUCAUACAUGGACACAUACUCUCACACACUGCUAAUGCAAUCUUAAUUUGGGACACUCUCUCGAUGGACAAUCCCUUCCAACUUCCAUGGCCUCUCUCAGAAUACCAAGACAACACAAAGGACAACUCUUCUUACAUGUCAUAGCCUUGUUGCCAAAACUCUAAUAGAAAUUGAGAAGUACUACAUAUUUUAAAGACCAUACUUGCAAUUUUUAGGUAUGCCUCUACAUUAUAGGAGCUACUUCCAUAUCAUGUGUAAGAUGUUUUAAAAAGUGCAAUGCAAAAAAAAGUUGUUGUAUUUGUAUAGUGUUAGGUUUAUUUGUACAUUGGAUUAUUACAUAGUGGUGUUGAUGGUUUUUAGUGCUGUUUUUCCUUCUCUUUGACCAGAUUUUGUGGUCACCCUGUGUUAGACUAGAUAGGUAUUUUCAGUUCAUUUGAAAGAAUUGCAUUAUUUUCCUUUCUCUUUUUUCUUUUCUUUUUUCCAUUUUGGAUGAUUUGAUUUGUCGCUGACUCGUGUGCGUAACACACACUGCCAUGCCUCUGACAUCCGCCGAGUCUCAUUUUUUACUGUACUUUUUAAAGAGAUAAUUUAUGAUUCUUACCAAAAUUGUUAUGCUGAAAUACGAAUACGAGACAGCUGCUUUGGGUGUUCUAUCAGCCAACACAACUGAAUAGUUAUAUCAAGAAAGGAAAAAAAAAACAUCAUCUGAAGUGCACCUUUUUCAGUCAUAUGACUUAUAUAGCCUAUCAAAGCUAUUUUAACCAGUGCCAUAAGACCAUGCAAAGUAUAUAAGAUAUUGUUUCAUAUAGCAGUCUCACUUGGUUAUUUCAUUAUUAUUCUUAUUCUAACUUAUUUCUGUGUAAUAAUAUUACGGUUCUGAAUGUGAUGUUUUAGGUAGGCUUGGGUAUCUUUAAAAAAUGUACUUUUGUUUUCUUCUUUAUUUUUGUUACUGCAUCAUGGUGCCAAGUAUUGUACACAGAUCUGAGUGUGGGUUAACAUGCCAUUUGUGCAGUGGGGUAGGAAGACAAGGCUCUAAAUGAAAACCAGAGGUGGGUAGAGUAGCCUAAUUCCAUACUAAAGCAAAGUACUGUCAGUUCUAUGAAAUAAUGACUCGGGUAGAAGGAAAAGUACCUUUCAAACAGAAGUAGAGAAGUAGCAGGUUAAAAAACUACUUAAGUACUGAGUAGCUAAUAGAACGGCAGUGGAACAACUUACUACAUACAGCAUCUAUUAGCAUAGGAACUGAGGUUUCUCUGUUCUCUUUUUGGGGUCCUAAUGGGCCUAAACAAGCUGAACCUCAAACUUCAGAGUAAAACAGUACAGAUGAUGUUACCAACCUAGCUUAAUAAAAUAAAACAGAAAGGAAUUGGUAACUGAAUGUUAAAGGCUGAAGUAGAACUGAGUAAAAAGAUUCCUUCCACAAAAAUACUCGAGCGGAAGUGAAAGUAUUAUAAUUAAAAAUGCUCAGGAAAGUACAGAUUUAUCAAAGUACUACUCGACACACAUAAAAGAUGGUUUUGAGGGGUUCUUAAGUAAAGUUUUGAAAAUGUUUCUGUAAAGCACCAAAAAAGGAUUCUUCUGUUGUAACAAGCUCAACACCAUAACAAUAGCAGAACCCUUUUUGGUGCUACAUGGAACCAUUUACAACAAGGUUUUAUACCUGUACAACACGUUCUCCAUCAAUCUGAAGAGCGAUUUUACCGUGUACAGAACCAUUUAAGCAGAAAAUGGUUCUAUAUAGCGCUCAUAGUUCUCAGUAGAAUCACUGCCUUGUACUAAAGAACCCUUGAACCACCUUUUUACAUGAAACGAAGUAAACGUAACUAGUUACUACCCACCUCUUUUAAAAACACAGAGAGAAGAUCUUUUGGAUUGCCCAUGUAGGCUUGCUUGCUAGGUUGCAGAUCAUCGCCUCGUUAGUGCUUUGAGUAGCAGAGGCUGCUGAGGAAACGGCCGCCACGUUUCUUUCUCUUGAUUUCAAUGUACUACACUACAGAGUUCACGGAUCCUGUGGAGCCGUUACAUUGAUGAUGGAUUGUUUGUGUUAUUUUAUUUUAUUCUUUCUCAUUUAAAUCACCAUAAGUGGGAACGAUAGCCUGUGUGGUCUCGGCAGUGAUGUGCUUAGACGAACCUGCUCGUUAAACGUUAACUCUUUCUUCUUCCUUCGCUCACUGCCUCCUGUAAAGCACACAGAAAUGGAGCUCCGUGGAUGCCGUGACCUCCUCAAGCAAUAAAAACCCAUUAGACCUGA